UUGAACCUGCGGGAGACUGAGGCCCGGACCCCGGACCCCCUCCUGAGGAACAGUGGGGUUUCUGGACCAGGACGUUUUGUGGCAGAAUCAAAUCCCAGAUGAAGAUUUCCAAAAGGCGGAAAAGGAGCGGACGGUGCGCCAGAUAAAUGGCUCUUUUAAGCUGGGAGCUGCUCGUGUUCUGUCUGGCUGGCAGAUGCAGUGCCUAGUCCCGAGCCUCCAGGACAACGCCAACAUGAACGGGACGUCGGAGCAGGCCGACAUCCUGCCGCCCAACUGCAUGGUGAAGGACCGGUGGAAAGUGCUGAAGAAGAUCGGAGGGGGGGGGUUCGGGGAGAUCUACGAGGCCUUGGACCUGCUGACGCGGGAGAACGUGGCGCUGAAGGUGGAGUCGGCCCAGCAACCCAAACAGGUGCUGAAGAUGGAGGUGGCGGUUCUGAAGAAGCUGCAGGGUAAAAACCACGUCUGUAAGUUUAUUGGCUGCGGGAGAAACGACAAAUUCAACUACGUGGUGAUGCAGCUUCAGGGUCGUAACCUGGCCGACCUGCGGAGGAGUCAGCCCAGAGGAACCUUCACCAUGAGCACCACCCUGCGGCUCGGGAAGCAGAUCCUGGAGUCCAUCGAGGCCAUCCACUCAGUGGGCUUCCUGCACCGAGACAUCAAACCGUCGAACUUUGCGAUGGGCCGGCUUCCCUCCACCUACAGGAAGUGCUACAUGCUGGACUUCGGUCUGGCACGUCAGUACACCAACACCACCGGAGAGGUCCGACCGCCGAGGACUGUGGCCGGGUUCAGAGGGACGGUCCGCUACGCCUCAGUCAACGCUCAUAAAAACAAGGAAAUGGGUCGCCAUGACGACCUGUGGUCCUUGUUCUACAUGUUGGUGGAGUUCGCUGUCGGACAGUUGCCAUGGCGAAAGAUCAAAGAUAAGGAACAAGUUGGUCAGAUCAAGGAGCGUUACGACCACCGGAUGCUGCUGAAACACAUGCCUUCAGAGUUUAACAUCUUCCUGGACCAUGUCCUGGCCCUGGACUACUACACCAAACCAGACUACCAGCUGCUGAUGUCGGUGUUCGAGAACAGCAUGAAGGAGCGAAUCAUCACGGAGAACGAGCCCUUCGACUGGGAGAAGGGGGGGGGCGACGUCACCCUGUCGACCACUGCCUCCAGCCAACCACAGCACAACACCCGACCCACCGCCGCCAUGGUGGGAGCCAUCGUGACCCCAGUUCCAGGAGAUCUUCAGCGGGAGAACACCGACGAUGUCCUGCAGGACGAACAUCUCAGUGAUCAGGAGAACGCCCCCCCGGCCCCGCCCAGUCGAGCCCCUGGGGAGACAGGUGUCCAACACACCGGAGAGUCGGGAGAUGCCUGGGAGGACACAGACUUCAACCGCAACAGACUCAGGAUCAGCCUGAACAAGGGGGCUCAGGAGGAGGAGGUGGGUCGGGCGGUGUGUCCGUCAUCGCCAGUUCGAGGCGGAGCCCCGGAGUCACCGACAGGUCAGGGUCGGUCUCUACGGUAUCGCCGGGUCAACAGCCCUGAAUCGGACCGGCUGUCGGCUGCUGAGGGUCGGGUGGACGGCUACGGACAGAGGUCUAGGAUGGACAUCCUCGGCUCCCCAUCUCGUCACGUCUACUCCUCCCAACCUGCACAGAUGCUGUCCAUCGACCCCGGCUGCCGCGGGGGUGGACAGGCCAGCGGUCGCCAGGAGAUUUCGGUGGCGUCCGCGGACCAGGAGGCGCACAGCAACGCCUUCAUCCGCUCGGUGCCACUGGCCGAGGAAGAGGACUUUGACAGUAAAGAGUGGGUGAUCAUCGACAAAGAGACGGAGUUACGAGACUUCCAACCAACCACAUCGGGGACGACCGAUGAGGAGCCGGAGGAGCUGCGUCCCUUAGAGGAGCAGGAGGAGCGGAGGAGGCUCAGGGCUGCAGGAGGGGACCUGGUGGUUCGGCCAAAGACCCACACCAGGGAAAGCAGCCGAGGGAUGCUAACGCUAACAGAGGAGGAGGCGUCGAGGAGGAGUGGUGGGAGCCCCGCCCAGUCGCCCUGUCACUCGCUGCCAUCAGGACGCCCCCGUCGGAGAGAGUCGGAUCCCACUGGACCUCAAAGACCGGUGUUAUCGCCCACGGAGCAGAGCAUCCCGCUGCCGCCCUCCCCGGACUACAGGACAAAGGGCCAGAGCGACGAGAAGGAGCAUUUCCACAUCCUUCCUCAGCUCCAGGCCAAGAGGGCGGACUUCCUCGCAGUAAUGCUCACUGGUACUUUGCCUCAGCGCAGGAGCUUUGCCACGCCAGAUGAAGAAGAAGUCUCGGAACCUCCAGGGCCAAAGGAUGACGACGUCACAAAGAGUGAGUCCAACAGCGAGGCCAGUCAGAAAAGCACUGAACGUAGCCAGGAAGCUGCGGCCUCCACACUCAUGGCCGAGGACCAGAGGGUCCAACGGGAGCACGCCUCAGCUGCUGAUGCAGACCCUGACAUGGAGGACGCAUCCAAGACUCUUGUCCUCUUCUCUCCUGGAGACACUCGGAAGUCUCCUUCAGGUGAUGAUCCUUUGCUAGAGGCUGAGUUGGCCACACCUUGUACCCUCUAUUCCCGUAAUGACCGCCUCCUGGUCGGGGAGGCAAUUCUGCCUGAACCCUCGGAAACUGGGCGCUUGUCCCCAGCUCUCAGGUCAGACUUGAGGCCUUCCACUCCCAUCGCUCCUGCAUCACCGCCCUUCACCAAAGUUGAGCGAACUUUCAUCCAUAUUGCAGAGACGUCCCACCUCAACGUCAUGUCUUCCAACGGUCACUCUGCCAAGGAGAGUGACCGUGAAGUCUUAGCAAUCAUGAAGGACUCAACUGUAGAGGAUUACUCUCGUGAGCAGGGGGGAGCCUCAGUGACAGAAGAGUCUCCAGAGGUGCCAGACCAAACUGCACCAGUUGACAAAGACUCCAAAACUGAGAUUGGUGUGUCACCUGUCCUGGCCCAGUCUUUGGAGCCUGUCCCAGAAGCAAUGUCACCAGCUCAUGAAUAUAAAGAUCUGUCACAGGAACCGAAGAAACAGCCGUCACCCAGUGAAGAAGCUGCCAAGCUUCAGACAACAGCAUCAGAACUACCGACAUCCAUUAAGCCCAGAAUCCGCAGCCUAAUCCCAGUUCUGAUUUCUGAAGAGGAUUCCCGGUCAGAAAAGUCCUCCUCCCUCUCUGCUCGGGCUCGGCUCAAGCAGCGGGCCAGGCAGCUGGACUUGGCCCGUCUGCUGGUCCAGAAACAACAGGGUCGCUGGAUAAGGGGGAGGAUGCUGUCUGGGACAUCAUCAUCGCUGUCCUCUGGGGACGAUGAGCGACAGAGGGCCUCUGAAACUCUGUCCACCACAGGCUCAGAGGAGGACAUGCACACCUCGGACGAAUCCAAGAGAAGCUGGCGUCUUAAACCGACUGACGAGAAAGGUUCCAAGGAGACCCGGAGCAGGAUCCCCAGGCCGGUCACCCCCAUAAAGAGGCCUUCAGGGGGGCUUGCUGCUACUUCUCCUUCCCCUCUCUCCUUGCCAGAGUCCAGCACUAAAGGAGCACCAUCGUUUGCUAAUGGGAAUCGGAAAAUUGGUCUUAGCACUCUUAGCAGCCAACGGAAAUCCAAACCUGCCACACCCAGGUCCUCGUCCUCAUGUACUCGCUCCUCUACGGCCCCUGCCCUGACCGGAAGCCCUCGAAUGCCCCUGCGAGUCCUGUUUGGAACCCGACGCAGCCUUAGCUCCACUCACUGCAGGACUGACAGCCCCUCUCCUCAGAGAGUAUGUCCGUCCAGGCAGCCACUCUCAGUUCGAGCCCCAACUGUCCCCGUGCUACCGCCCAGGACUACAACAACCAUGCGGCGCAGUGCCUCACAGGAAGCCACUGCCCAGUCCUCCUCUGGCAUCAUGUCCACCAGGACCCGGCCGAAACCAGCUGGUACCACAAAGGGGAAACCGGUGGCCAGGGAGAAGGUGGCGCCCGCUAGAUAAUACAAAGAGACUCAUCGCUGAGACACGUUUAUGUUUAAUCAGUCUUCGGACAAGCAACGCCUCAAAGGUUCUCACUUGAUUCCAUCUUAGACUGUGCUGUCACAAUGACCUCCUUCAACUCAUUUACUAUGUAUGGACCUCUUAUUGUUUUCCACGGACAGCUAACCGAACUAUCUUCAUGGGCUUCCAGUAAUUUUCACUGACUGUGGUACAGGAGCGUAGCUGCCAUGGUGCUAUGGAUAUGUCCCUGGCCAAUCCCUGGUCUACGCUAACUGGUUCCGGGAGGUGAGAGUCUUGGCCUCCAACAAGCCUCUCAUCUUACACUGUACUCCCAGCUUGUCCACAGCUAUACUACUCUUCUACUGACAAUACCCUGCUUGGUUCACAUUGCAUGGUGAAGUAUAUCACAAAUACAUUGACUCUGUAGAAGGAAAAUGGAAAUCUGUACCUUUACAUUAUUUGAUCAAGUUCUCCCCUUCCUAUUGGUCAAAAAAAGAUCAAAUUGAACUGGUUUGAAGGCCCAAACUAUGAUACUAUCGUAAGAGAUUCCUUAAUAUAUCCUGUGUCAAUUAUAGUCUUGGAUAAAGAGAAGAGUUGGAUGUGAACACAAAAUAAUUUGCUCGGCUGCUAGCCUCCUCCUCAUGGUGUGACAUGGGCAUGCUUUAAUCAAUCUAUUUUCUGGGUGUUUUUAUUUUGUUUAUGCUUUGAAUUGUACAGUAUAUGAUAGAAUCAUUUCCCAUAAAGACAUCUUUAUUUUUUAUCUUGCCAAGCAAAAUGUAAAUUUGAACCUUCUGUACCAAUGUGUUGGCACUAUGCCUGUUGUUUAUCGCAUGAGAAAAACAGGGUUCACCAUGAGAGGACGACGCUACACCUGCUUGGAUUCUGCAGUGCAAAGGUCCGCUGAUUGUUGGAGCCCAGGUUGUGUUUGUAGAGGAGUCGA